ACUUCCAAUCUCGGUCUCUUGCUCGGCGGAACCACCUCCACCGCUGCGGCCGCGCCAGACGCCGCCGGCACUCGGCGCCGCCGCGACUCCGGCACCUCCUCCUUAGCUGAGUCCCUCUGGAUCUCUUCCCCCUCCGCCGCAAAGUCAAGCAUAAUGGUGAGAGGUAGGGAUGCUUGUUGGGAACACUGUGUCUUGGUUGAUGCAACAAGACAGAAAGUUCGGUGUAAUUACUGUCAUCGUGAGUUUAGCGGAGGGGUUUACAGAAUGAAGUUUCACUUGGCUCAGAUUAAGAACAAGGACAUAGUCCCAUGCUCAGAAGUCCCGGAUGAUGUAAGAAACUUGAUUCAUAGCAUUUUAACUACUCCUAGAAAGCAGAAAGCUCCUAAGAAGUUGAAGAUUGAUCAUACAGCAAAUGGUCCCCAACAUAGUUCCUCCUCAGCAAGUGGAUAUAAUGCUAAAAAUGCUGGAUCUAGUGGGCAACAUGGCAGUACUUGCCCAUCCUUGUUACUUCCUCUCCCUUCACCUGGUGUACAACCAACAGCAAAUGAUGCUCAAAAGCAAAAGUAUGAUAAUGCUGAUAACAAGAUUGCUCUUUUUUUCUUUCAUAAUUCUAUUCCUUUUAGUGCUUCUAAGUCUAUUUAUUAUCAAGCCAUGAUAGAUGCAAUAGCAGAUUGUGGUGCAGGCUAUAAGCCUCCAACUUAUGAAGGGCUGAGAUCAACUCUCUUAGAAAAAGUCAAAGAAGAAAUCAAUGAAAAUCAUAGAAAACUAAAAGAUGAGUGGAAGGAUACUGGCUGUACCAUUUUAUCAGACAAUUGGUCAGAUGGCAGGUCUAAAUCACUCUUGGUUCUGUCAGUUGCAUCACCUAAAGGGACACAGUUUCUUAAAUUAGUUGAUAUAUCUUCUCGUGCAGAUGAUGCCUAUUAUUUGUUUGAGUUGCUGGACUCUGUUAUCAUGGAAGUUGGUGCAGAAAACGUGGUGCAAGUCAUAACAGAUAGUGCAACAAGUUACGCUUAUGCAGCUGGCUUACUCUUGAAGAAGUAUCCUUCCUUAUUUUGGUUUCCAUGUGCUUCAUAUUCAAUUGAGAAAAUGUUGGAAGAUAUCAGUAAACUUGAGUGGGUGAGCACAACUUUAGAAGAAACCAGGACCAUAGCUAGGUUUAUAUGCAGUGAUGGAUGGAUUUUAAGUCUGAUGAAAAAAUUAACUGGAGGAAGGGAGUUGGUACGACCAAAAGUUGCAAGAUUCAUGACCCAUUUUCUUACCCUAAGAUCCAUUGUCAAUCAAGAAGAUGACUUGAAGCAUUUUUUUACUCAUGCUGAUUGGUUGUCAUCUGUACACAGUAGAAGGCCUGAUGCACUAGCUAUAAAGUCAUUGUUAUAUCUUGAAAGGUUUUGGAAAUCUGCACAUGAAAUUAUCGGCAUGUCUGAGCCACUUCUUAAACUUCUGAGGUUGGUUGAUGGGGAUAUGCCUGCCAUGGGAUAUAUAUAUGAGGGUAUUGAAAGGGCAAAAAUGGCGAUUAAGGCAUUUUAUAAAGGGUGUGAAGAAAAAUAUAUGUCUGUUCUGGAAAUAAUUGAAAGAAGAUGGAGUACGCAUUGUCAUUCUCAUCUUCAUGCAGCUGCAGCUUUUCUUAAUCCAUCGAUCUUCUAUGAUCCAAGUUUCAAGUUUGAUGUCAACAUGAGAAAUGGCUUUCAUGCAGCAAUGUGGAAAAUGUUUCCUGAAGAGAAUGAUAGGAUUGAACUCAUCAAGGACCAACCUGUGUAUAUAAAGGCACAAGGUGCUCUUGGGAGCAAAUUUGCUAUUAUGGGAAGGACAUUGAAUUCACCGGGCGAUUGGUGGGCCACAUAUGGUUAUGAAAUUCCUGUCUUGCAGAGAGCUGCAGUGCGGAUACUUAGUCAGCCAUGUAGUUCAUACUGGUUCAAAUGGAACUGGAGCGCAUUCGAGAACAUUUAUACAAAGAACCACACCAGGAUGGAGCUGGAAAAGCUCAAUGAUCUAGUUUUUGUGCAUUGCAAUCUUCGGUUACAGGAGAUUAGCCAAAGUAGGGGUGCAAAAUGUAGACCUGUUACAUAUGAUGAAAUAGAUGUGAGUUCUGAGUGGCCAACAGAAUCUGAAUCUUCAUCACUUCUAUUGGAUGAUUCAUGGUUAGACAAUCUACCUUUUGAAUGCUGAGGUAGCUUACCAACUUAUGCUUAAAUUUAGAUGAAGAUGGCAUUCAGGCAAGAUUUGCUAGCAUUCUAUGUGCAAACAGAACCACUGACACAUGCUUAACUAAUCUAACGUUGUUCGAAGCCACUAACUAAUUUUCUGAUAUCUACUUAUGCAUGUUUUAUUUUUGUGUUUAAAAACUAAAAUUUAUUGUAAAAAAAGAGCUGUAAACACAUCAAAAGGUAUUAUGUAUGCACAUAAUAUCGACAAACUGUUCUAUUUGUAUAUGAAGAUUGUGAUCAUAGACCCAUUUUUUUUUACCGUGUUGAUGGAAUAUCCUCUGGCCUCCUCACUUAUGCAACAACCACGGUGAGGAACAGUCUUUUCUCCUUUAUUUCUUUGUCCUUUUGAGAUUUUCUCAACUGUUCUCUCAGUUUGUUUUUAAGGGUUGAAAGCUCACCGAAUUCUUUGUAUUGAUCAUUACAGAUUCAAAGCAUCAUCGGUACACUUGGUGCCUUCCAUAGUAAGGGUAACAUACUUUAUUUCUUUCUUAGACCUUUUUGCUGCAUAAUGAAUAUGAUUGUUUCAAAAUACCCAAUGAACAAGUCGGCAUCUCAACUCUUCUCAUUGUUGUCCUGAGAGGUAAACGUACAUUUUUCAUCUUUCGGAUGCCUGAUGUGAUUCUGCUGUUUAAAUGCAGGUAUAUUUUGAUUUUUCUUUCAAAGAACAUGAUGUAAAAUCUCCUUGUUGACUGUGUUUCAAAAUGUUCCAAGUUCCUGGGAGUAAGUUUCUAAUGUUAACGAAGGAUUACCUCUCAUUAACUUGAAACAGUGUCUGGUUCCAUUCAUUUUCCUUGUGCAUUUUGUAACAGUACUGGCUGAAUGCAACUUAGCUGGUGGUGGAUUUUAUUUUUAUCUGUAAUAAUAAUAACUCAUCAGUUCAUGGAUUUUUUUCACAUCUCUAUGCUUCUUGUGAACACUCCUAUUUUUAUCUUUCUCAGAUCUUUGCUUCGUGAUGAUACUUACACUCAUAUAUGGAAAUUUGUUUCCUUUUCUAAAUUACAGGAGUCACAGCAGGCAAUUCCAAGGAAUUGAGAUCGCUUGGUGCUUUCAGAAGUUAAGCUUGAUGCAAAGUGAAAGCACAACAUAGAAACUGGGUGGUAUUAAA